AUGAGAAGACAGAUGACCAUCGAAGAGAUCCAGCUAGCAGCUGCAGGGUACGAGCAUCUUGAUCAAGGAAAGGCAAAGUCAACCGCGAAAGAGCCUCAGCUUGACGAAGCAGAUAUACGGGAGCAUCUAUUGACACUUCAGGACGCCGUGGACAAUUUAGAUACCUCCUUCGAUACCAAGGAUCCAUCUCAGUCGUAUGGUCUCACUGCAGAAGAGGCAGCGGCACGCUUGAAAAGGGACGGCCCCAACGCACUCACUCCCCCCAAAAAGAAAUCUGCGUUGCAAAAGUAUUUCGAUUGUUUGCGAUCGAUGUUCAAUGUCAUCCUAAUUAUAGCCGGCAUCCUUGAAUAUAUCCUUCUUGGUAUCGACUACAAGGCCAACUUUCCAAAUACCUAUCUUGGCGGCAUCUUGAUCGGCGCUGCGUUCCUCAACGCAUUCAUCGAGUUUUACCAGCUUCAAAAAUCCGAAGCGAUCCUUGCCUCGUUUCUUGCUCUUAUACCCCCAUCGUGUAGGGUCGUUCGUGGGGGGACGUUGACGUCCAUCCCAGCUCAGAACCUUGUCAGAGGGGACAUUGUCCUCAUACGCGUUGGCGACAAGACGCCUGCAGACCUUUUACUCUUCGCCGCGACAGACUUGAAGGUGGAUAAUAGCAGCCUGACCGGAGAGUCAGAGCCACAAGAGCGAAUGCCCAAAAUCGAUGGAUCGUCAUAUCCCCGAGCGGCAGAGGCAGAGAACUUGGUCUUUAAUUCCACGCUUAUCGUGAACGGUGAAGGGUGGGGAGUCGUCGUUCGUACUGGAGAUCGCACCUUCAUCGGCCAAAUUGCUGCGCUCACCGGCGGUGAGACAGGCAACCAGAGCCCGUUGGCAGUGGAGAUUGCAAGUUUCGUCAUGAUGGUGUCCACGAUCGCCAUUAUAUUCGCGGUCGUCUUCUUCAUCGUCGGCAUCACAACAGCCUACAAGGGCAAGGGAGCCCAAACCGUGACCUUCGCUGUGUCUAUUCUCGUCGCUUUCGUACCUGAGGGGCUCCCCUCAGUGGUCACUCUGCUACUGUCGAUCGCUGCGAAGAGGAUGGCUGCACAAAACGUGCUUGUGAAAGACCUACAAGGUGUGGAAACACUGGGUUCCCUGACGCUCCUGGCAACGGACAAAACUGGCACGCUUACAAGGAACCAGAUGACAGUUACGAAUCUAUGGAACGGUGAUAAAAUGUUCUCAGCAUUCCAAUCUGACAAUGACGAACAAGACACGCCCAACUUUGCUCUCGAUGCCCCCGGCAUGAACGAUAUGGUUUCUAUCGCAGCCUUGAACUCUCGUAUCAAGUUCGACAGGACCGAUGUGCCAUUUACGAAUCGUGAAGUUCUGGGAGAUGCCACUGAAACAGGCCUCGCUCGUUUCGCUGGACGUUAUCUUCCCGACUACGAUGCAUACCUUAAGAGCCAUCGCAAGACCUUCGAAGUUCCUUUCAAUUCUACGAAUAAAUGGGCGCUUGUAAUUGUCAAUAAGCCUCAUGAUGUCGGCGAUCUCACUCUGUACAUUAAAGGAGCACCGGAACGUGUCCUGGGGAAAUGUUCAACAUACUUGAAGCAAGGGCAGAUUCUCCCUAUCGACGAUGUCUUCGCACAGAAUUACGAGACAGCAUACAAUUAUAUGGCGUCCAGAGGUCACCGUGUCAUUGGUUGUGCUCAAGCUCUUUUGCCACGCGACAAGUACCCUGUCGACUAUGUUUUCUCUAAGAACGAAGUGAAUUACCCGACCUCUGACUACUGCUUUACGGGACUUGUCUCUCUUGAAGACCCACCGAAGCACGGCGUCAGAGAGGCUAUUGGAACUCUUCGACUUGCGGGAAUCAAGGUCAUGAUGGUUACAGGCGAUCAUCCGAAGACAGCAGAGGCGAUUGCACGCAAAAUCAACUUGAUUCUUGGAGAUACGAAGGAGACGCUAAGCGCGAAGACUGGACGUCCGAUCGAACAAAUCUACGAUGAUGAAGUUGAAACUGUUGUAGUACACGGAGAUGACAUCGACAAGCUGGAAGGGUGGCAAUGGGACUUGAUCUUCAGCAAACAAGAGAUCGUGUUUGCGCGGACCUCGCCGCAACACAAGUUAGAGAUCGUCAAACGUGCACAAGCGUUAGGACAUAUCGUUGGAGUUACUGGAGAUGGUGUCAAUGAUUCUCCUGCUCUGAAAAAGGCCGAUCUUGGCAUUGCAAUGAAUAUUUCCGGAUCCGAUGUCUCAAAGGAGGCAGCAAACAUGAUUCUUCUCGACGACAAUUUCGCCUCGACUGUCAAGGGCGUGCAAGAAGGGCGCCAAAUAUUUGUUAACUUGAAACGCUCCAUUCAGUAUACCAUCUCGCACAGUACACCUGAAGUCGUGCCUCAACUUCUAUAUGUCGUCGUUCCUAUUCCGUUGCCUUUAUCAGCUAUUCUCAUUCUAGUGAUUGACCUUGGAUUCGAGUUGUUUGUUGCGCUCUCUUUCGCUUGGGACAAGUCUGAAUCAAAGGACGGCCUGAUGCGCCUGAGCCCAAGAAAGCCAGUAAACGAGGCCUCAAUCAUGUCUUUGAAACGCAGGGCCCUCAAACGGAGCAAAACGCUUAUACGUGACUCGGAAACUCAGCAAAUCAUUCUGCCAAGCCGCAUAAGUGUCAUAUCUCAAAAAUUGAAGGCGCCAUUCACACGGGACUUCUGGGAGGAAAGACUGGAACAGACUGGCGGCGAGAAUCUUGUCGACGGCAAAUUGCUGAGUUACGCAUACCUUGAGGCGGGGAUGAUUGAAAUGCUCGGAUCUUUGGUCGCAUACUUUGUUGUAUUCUUCAAGAAUGGUUUCUCUCCAAGCGACCUGAGGACAGCUCAACAGGCGGGAGUAUAUUUCACAAAAUCUAGCCCCGAUUUCGUCAAUCACAGUGGGAGAAUCUUGUCAAGUUCACAGCAAGUACGGGCCCUAGGCGAGGCUCAAUCAAUAGUAUACCUCUCGAUCUUCAUCAUGCAGUGCUUCAACGUAUUUGCGGUCAAGGCCAAAUUCUCCCUGCCUUUUGGAAACUGGAACAAAUACAACUUCUUCGGGAUCUUUGCAGGCGCCUGUCUGGGUAUCUUCAUCGUCUACACGCCUCCCUUGCAUGUGGUCUUCGGAGGCUCGUUCCACUUGUCGCCAUUGUACUGGUUGAUACCGGUUGCGUUUGGGUGUCUACUGCUGGUGUGGGCCAGCGUGCGGGUGUUGAUUUUGAGGAAGUCGAUCGAGCAGGCCAGGGUGAAGGAUAUCAAGGGCUUGAUGAUGUUCCCGACAAUGCGGACGAUGAGCAUCCGCUCUAGGCAUUGA